CUGUAUUGGAUAUUAGUCCGUCUAAAAAUAAUUAAUUAGGACCGAACACAGCCCUCGUAGCGAUGUGAGCUCGCCCCUCUUUCGAUUGAUUUCAAAACCCUAAAUCCACUCAACCAAUGAACUGUUGUGGAUUUCUAGGUAUAAACAUCAGAAAGGCGAUGAGAUCUUCAUCGGAAAUCAAGAAUUGAAGAAGCUCCUUAUGGAUUGAAGACGAUCUGAAGCCAUCGAUAAGCGUAAGCUUUACAAAACCCACUGAAUUCAGAAGAGAGCGUACAGAAGAGAAGAGAAGGAAGAUGGCGGAUGCAUUUUGGGCUUACGACUCCGGCGGUCUGGUUUGGAAGAGAAUAAAGCUCACCACCACCCGCAAUGCCAACGCCUCCUCCGUGUUUGGCAGGGGAAGCUGAUGAACUGUGGAGGUGGUGGAAGCUGUGGAACUUGUAUUGUAGAGGUACAAGUAUUCUAAGGUGUAACCUUGUAAGUUAGUGAGUCAUGAAUGUUCAUAUGAUAUAUUUCUGGAUAGUCUAGAGAUAGUAGCUAGUUUUUUUAAUUUGUAAUUGGAAGUGAUAAAGGAUAGAGGAACUGGUUACUGCUUUCUGGAAGAUGAUGUUUCAAGUGCGGCUGCAUUUAAGCUCAUUACGUAUCUCAUGAAUCUUGUUGACCAAUCCUGUACACAGUUCAUUCUCUACCUGAUUGGAUUUAAAUUUGUAGCCAGAGAGAGAGAGAGAGAGAGAGAGAGAGAGAGUUCUGUAGGUUCCGGCCGAGAUGGAUGACUCCUCAUGGUAAUAGAGCCAACUGCGGGACUAGUACUGGUGCUUUCUACCACUCCAUUUAUUACUGCUUGAGGACAGUUAGUAAUUAGUAGCAAUGGAUGUCUUCACUUACAGCACAGUUGUAAAGAUGCAAAAAUGUGGCAUUUGGCUUUGAACGUCAAAGAAGAUAUGUUAUCAGCAGGUGUAAUUCCAAAUACAGUUACAUGGUCAUCAUUCAUUAGUGCCAGUGUUUUAACAUUCUUCUACAUGCUUGUGUUGAGGCUUGCCAGUAUGAUAGGGCUUUUCGCCUUUUCCAUUCUUUUAAGAGUAAUAAACUUCAGGGAACUUUUGGCAAAAACUACAAAGGUAGUGCAGGUUAUGAGGACACUAAAGAUGCCUGCUAGAGCUACCGAGCUUUCAGAGGCUUCAAAUCCUGGUUGCUUGUUCUAUAGGCCACUCCAACAAGAGGAUUUUGAUUUUUUUUUAAAAAAUGGUGAAUUCCCAAGCACAGAUAGUUACAUCCAGACAGCAUUUAGUUCAGAUUCCUUUUGCACUCCACCAAGCCGAGAAAGAGGAACGUCUGUUGAUUGUAAUGAUUUAGAUUCUGUAUUGACAAGUGCAGCAAUGACCUUUAAGAGUUCACCAUCUAUCCUAAGAAAACGAAAGCAUCCAAGACAUUGUCUCAGGUCAGAGCUUGACCAUGUCCCCUCAGAAGAAAUGAGCAAUAUCUCCAGAAACAGCCCCAAAAUCCUAAGUCCAUGUGGUGAGACAACAUUUUAUUGCAAAGCUCGAUCAAAUGCAAAAAAAACUUUUUCCUUCUCCUCAAAAGGUUCAGAAGCUAUAGCUGCUUAUAUGUGGGUAUGAGUUGCGGUUGAAUGUUGACUUAGAUUUUUCUUCAAGUCUCAUCUGAAUGUUAUGCCAAAACAUGACGCUGUGCUCUCAUCAGACAGCUUUAACUUGCUGAUAUCGGUGAGCACCAUUUCUACCAGCCUUUUAUACUUUUAAGAAAGCUCCAGGAAAACAUACAAAAAUGUAAUGUUCAUUUUUUAUUUCCUUCAGUAUAAAAUGUUGUUGAAUAGGAAAGAGAAAUCUCCUUGCAUUUGUUAUAAUAGGAAUGUCACCUGUCUAAAUCUGUUAUCUAAGUUACUAGAACACUACAGAAACCAUUAAAGUACGUACUGUAUUCUCUACAUAAACAUGUAAACAGUCGAAUUUCUGAUAUUUUGAGACUACCCUUGGGCCUUAAAGUCAUUACAGCAGAUCAUGCAAGAUGGUGAUUGAAGAGCUGGAUGAGAAAAAAAUUAAUGUUUAAUGAGAUUCAUGUAUAGCAGGAAGUUGUCUUUGAAACUUUGUACACUUUUUUAGGGGGAGAAAUCUUGUAGGAUGCUUAUAGACUGUAGUGGUAUCUGCAAAGAUUUGAUGUAGGUUCAUUAUAUUGUAGUACCGU